UAAAGUAGCGAGUCAAAUUACCGCAGUGGGGAGGGACCUUUUAUACAUGUGGAAAAGGAAUAACGGUCCAUUCCACUGCUGUCCUGUCCGCUCUCCGGGCGACCGUGUGCCGUCUCUGCAGUCUUCCGUGUGCUGCACAAACCCGCGUUUUCGUGGAGACACCUGCACACACGUACAGUGCGCUGCUUUCCACGGAAAGUUCUGAGGAGUUCCUCCAAGUUUCAGUCAUGUUGGGGAGUGGCAAGUCAGCGAGCAGCAGUUCCAAGGAGCAGAGGAGGAAGGUGGCCGAGAAGACCAUGGACCCCAUCAGGAGACUCGGUCUCCUGGACAAUGAGGACAUACACAUGAUGAUGCAGGGCUCCAGCAUGGUGAAGGUCCGCUCACCCAGGUGGCAGAAGAGUCGGAGCCUGCGGCUGCUGGAAGACGGCCUCACCGUGUGGUGUGAAUCAACGAAGAGCUCCCGCAAAGCCAAAGCCCAGCAGACGUUCGCAGUGACAGAGGUGGAGUGCGUGCGGGAAGGCUGCCAGUCCGAGGCGCUGAGACGGCUCUCCGGCUCGGUACCCGACAACCACUGCUUUACGGUGGUCUUCAGAGGAGCCAGGAAGAGUCUGGACCUCCUGUGCACCUGCGAGGAUGAAGCCCAGCGCUGGGUGCGGGGGCUUCGCACGUUAAAGGAAAGGGUGGCCAAUAUGACCCAGAAGGAAAAACUAGACCACUGGAUCCGAGGCUACCUGCGAAGAGCAGAUCAGAACCAAGACGGGAAGAUGACCUACGAUGAAGUGAAGCGGUUGCUUCAGAUGAUUAACAUCGACCUGAGUGAGCAGUACGCCCGCUCGCUGUUCAAGAGGUGUGACCGCUCAGGCGAUGGCCGCCUGGACCACAUCGAGAUUGAGGAGUUCUGCAGGGAGCUGCUGCGAAGGCCCGAGCUGGACGCCGUGUUUAGACACUAUUCAAGCAACGGUUGCGUGCUUUCUACUGCCGAGCUGCGCGACUUCCUGGGAGACCAGGGGGAGGACCCCUCUUUGAGUCAUGCCCAGAGUCUCAUCCUCACCUACGAGCUUAACGACUGGGCUCAGAAAAACCAGUUCAUGACACAGAAUGGCUUCACCAUGUACAUGCUGUCGGCGGAGAACAACGUGUUUAAUCCUGACCACGCCAGAGUCCAUCAGGACAUGAGUCAGCCCCUGGCCCACUACUUCAUCUCCUCAUCGCACAACACCUACCUGACCAAGGACCAGGUGACCAGUGCCAGCAGCACAGAGCCGUACAUCAGGGCUCUGAAUCAGGGCUGUCGCUCUGUGGAGCUGGACUGCUGGGACGGAGACAAAGGUGAACCUGUCAUCUACCACGGCCACACACUCACCUCUAAAGUGCCCUUCAAGGAAGUCCUUGAAACCAUUUCUCAGUAUGCUUUCAAGGCGUCCCCGUAUCCCAUUAUUCUCUCCAUAGAGAACCACUGUUCUGUAGACCAGCAGGCUAUCAUGGCCAAAGACCUCCGCUCUGUGUUCGGCAGGAGACUCCUCACUAAACCCCUCAGUGACGAACCACUGAGAGAGCUGCCUUCCCCUGAGGAGCUGAAAGGGCGUAUACUGGUGAAGGGGAAGAAGCACAUUCCUCACCUGGGCCAGUUGGACAAAACAGGCAGCAGCGCCAGUUUCUCCUCAAGUUCAGAAGAUGAACAAGGCAUUAGCAACAAGAACACACCCAGGAAGGAUCCAGCAAGGGUUUCCUCCAAACUGAGCCCUGAGCUGUCGGAGCUGGUGGUGUACUGCAGGAGUGUCCCCUUCAGUGGCUUUGAAAACACAUCAGAAAAAGCGGCCCAUGAAAUGUCCUCCUUCUCUGAGAGCGAAGCCCUCAGGCUUAUCAAAGAUUCUGGGAAGCUUUUUGUGAGACACAACAGCAGGCAGCUGAGCCGGAUCUACCCCUCUGGCCAACGUCUCCAAUCAUCCAACUAUGAUCCCCAGGAAAUGUGGAACAGUGGAUGCCAGAUGGUGGCUCUGAACUUCCAAACUCCCGGGGAGCAGAUGGACUUGAACCAAGGUCGCUUCCUACCAAAUGGUCGCUGCGGAUAUGUCCUCAAACCAGACUUCAUGUGCAGCCCCUCGUCCAACUUUAACCCAGAGAACACAGGAGGAGGUCCCGGCCAUGUUCCCACCCAGCUUAUUAUAAGAAUAAUAUCUGCACAGCAGCUGCCAAAGAUCAACACGGAGAAGGCCAGCUCCAUCGUUGACCCACAAGUGUGGGUGGAAAUUCAUGGAGUGGAUAUUGAUAAUGCAAGAAACAAAACGCAGCGCAUUGACAACAAUGGUUUUAACCCGAGAUGGGACUGCACGCUGAGCUUUCAGCUUCAAGUCCCUGAACUAGCACUGGUGCGGUUUGUCGUGGAGGACCACGACCACACUGCCAAGAACGACUUUGUGGGACAGUUCACGCUACCCUUCACCAGUCUCCGCACAGGUUAUCGACACGUUCACUUGUUGAAGGCGGACGGUUCCAGCCUGUCCCCUGCCACAUUGUUUGUCCACGUCAAAGUGAAACGCAGAGGAGUUCCUGUUAAAACUGUGUCAGAGCGAAUAGCCCAGGCCAAAGGCAAGGCAUGACAUGCAUUUAGAAAGCUGAGUGUGAGGAGAGGGAAACGGGGAGAGACAGAUGCUCCUGCUGCUGCUGCCUGAUGGCCUGUCUCCCAGUCCGUACCUGUGGUGGUCCAAUUUACACAGAGCCACGUCCCAGUGCAGGAGGAACCAUGUUGAUCUGAGAUGAGGAGGAGUGCUGUCCUUCAGGAAGUGAAAUGCCUGAAGCAGGAUAACUAUUCAAUAUUUACACUGCGGGAGGAUCUGGUCAGUGCUAACCCCUCUGGACACUGGCCACUGAUGAUAAUGGUUCAGGAAACACAAUGAUAAAUGAUGCUUGUUACAAGAUUCUUUUUAAAUAUGUUGACUCUGAAGGAGGUCGUAUGCUGUUUAUGUUAGACAGAAGUAGAGAUAUGCAAACAUAUAUUUUUGUUUUAUAAAAAUAUUUUAACAUCUCUAUACUAAUUUUUUAAUUAACCUGCUUGUUUUAAACAAAUCUGAAUUUAACUAAGGUUAAGGAGGUUAAAGGAGGCAGUCUUACUUUUAAGCCUUUUUAGGAGAACGUCUGCGCUUUCUGAGAGAAGUGACAGUAUUUAUUUCCACAGUUUACAAAAGAACUUGAAAAUCAGAAGAAUUAACUUACAGAUGUACUUAUAUGUACUUAUGUUUACUUGUGCUAAACUCUUUCUCUUAAAAUUUGCAUAUGUGUAUUUACCUCUGCAGUAUCACACACUAUAGAAUGCACAGUCAAAUGAUGUCUUUUGAAAAUGUUUGCAAGAAUUUGUAUUUUUUAAUUUUCUUUAAUAUAUGUUCUUGUGUAUAUACUAUAGAUACGCUCUUAUUGCAACAAUUGAAUACUAUCAACACUAUGAAGAAUACAGUGUCAUCUCGCACAGCUUCCUGGUUACAAAGUAGGCAUGGUAUAGAACUGGACAUAAUGUGUGGGCCACAUGUUAGUCUGUUGCAACAAACAGCAUGGGGAAUUUAAAGAAACCCACAUCUGCAAACAUAGUUUGGAUCCCAAUGUGAAGUCCAAUUUGUCCCCCCCACGAACAAAUGCUGGCUGGGUAGGUGGUUCUCUGAGAAAAGAACCUUUCCAGUAUUUUGCAGUCACUAAAAAUGAAUUACUUUAGCAAUAGUAAAUGUGGGUGAUUGUAUUAGGAACAAAUUACUAUGAUUAUGAUUUUGUUUUUCAGUAUUAUUAUCUAGUCUAUAAGGUGUAAGCCGUAAUGUGUAAAGGAGAAAUUAUUUUUUUUGUUGUUUAUAUAAAAAGACUAACUAUCUGACAA